CCUUUACUAUCAUUUUCAUUAUAACCUCUAGUAAUUUUAUACUUUGAAAGGAAAAGUACGACGAAUUGUGUAAUUUUAUUAUUUUAAAAUAUGAGUCGUUUUUUCGCAACUGGAUCAGAUUCUGAAUCUGAUAGUGCUUCUGAGGAAGAACAGGUUCAAAGGGCACCAACUACAGCUUUUACGUUCAGUGAUGAAGAGGAAGAAACUAAGAGAGUUGUACGAUCAACCAAAGAAAAAAGAUAUGAAGAGAUUGCAAAUCUUAUCAAACUCAUAAGAAAUUACAAAAAAAUCAAAGAUAUGAGUAGCAUGUUAUCCAGUUUUGAAGAUUUAAUGCGUGCUUAUCAGAAAGCAUUGCCUGUAAUAGCAAAGGAAGAAGGUGGUCAAACUCCACGUUUUUACAUUAGAUGUUUAGUAGAAAUGGAAGAUUUUAUCAAUGAAGUAUGGGAAGAUCGUGAAGGUCGUAAAAAUAUGUCAAAAAAUAAUUCAAAAUCAUUGACUUCAUUACGCCAAAAACUUCGUAAAUAUAACAAAGACUUUGAGGAAGAUAUAGUAAAAUUCAGAGAAAAUCCAGAUCAAGAUGAUGAUGAAGAGGAAGAGAAACCUGAAGAAGUUGUAGAAUUUGAGGAUGAAGAAGAUAGUGCAGUUGCUUUUAAAAAAGCAGGAUCAGAAGCGAGUGAACCAGAUACUUCUAAAUUUAAGAAAAAUGUAGCUGAUGGAGAAGAAGGUAGUGAAAGUGAAUCUGAUUGGGGUAGUUCUUCGGAUAGUGAGAGCACAAGUAGUGAAGAUGAAGGCCAAUAUCAAAAUAUUCGUGAACGAUUUAUCAAAAAAGUGACAGAUAAAGAGGAAGAAGAAGAUAAGGCAAAACGAAAGGAACAGCGAAAGGAACGGAAAGAAAAAGAACGAAAAAAGAAAAAAGACGAAGAUGAUGAAGAAGGUGAAUGGGAAACUGUUAAAGGCGGUGUAGCUAUUCCAUCUGAAAAACCGAAAAUGUUUGCAAAGGAUGCAGAAAUUAAUGUGGCUGCUGUUUUAAAAAAACUUUCUGAAAUUAUCGCGGCUCGCGGUAAAAAACGUACCGAUCGUAGGGAACAAAUUGAGCUGUUACAUGAAUUGCAAUCCAUAGCGGACACUCAUAAUCUUGGACCAGCAGUAGCAGUUAAAAUUAAGUUCUCUAUUGUAUCUUCUAUUUUUGAUUACAAUCCAAAAGUAUCUGAUGCAAUGAAACCUGAAUAUUGGUCAAAAAUAUUGGAACGUAUUACGGAAAUGCUCGAUAUGUUGUUGAACACAAAAGAUAUGGUAAUAGCUGAAAUAGUAUCUGAAGAUGCAGAAGAGUAUGAAACACCACCAUAUAAAAUACAUGGAUGUGUAUUAACGUUAGUGGAACGUUUGGAUGAAGAAUUUACUAAAUUAUUAAAGGAAUGUGAUCCACACAGUAAUGAAUAUGUAGAGAGGUUAAAAGAUGAAAAACAAGUAUCCACAAUAAUAGAUAAAGUUCAGGAAUAUUUAGAAAGACAAGGAACUGUUUCUGAACUUUGUCGCGUGUAUUUACGUAAAAUUGAACAUCUUUAUUAUAAAUUCGAUCCAAACGUUCUUAAACAAAAAGAAGGAGAACUUGGUCCAGAUGUUAUAACAUCUGUACAAGUUAUGGAAAAGCUUUGUAAAUAUGUUUAUGCACAUGACGGAACAGAUAGACUUAGAACUCGUGCAAUUCUUUCUCAUGUUUAUCAUCAUGCUCUUCAUGAUAACUGGUUUCAAGCACGUGAUCUCAUUUUAAUGUCUCAUUUACAGGAAACUAUUCAGCAUUCUGAUCCAGCUACGCAAAUUUUAUACAAUAGAACUAUUGCUCAUCUGGGCUUAUGUGCUUUCCGUCAUGCGAAUAUUAAAGAUGCCCAUAAUUGUUUAGUUGAUUUAAUGGUAACUGGUAAAGUGAAGGAACUUUUGGCACAAGGUCUUCUUCCUCAAAGACAACAUGAACGCAGUAAAGAACAAGAAAAGAUCGAAAAACAAAGGCAAAUGCCGUUCCAUAUGCACAUUAAUUUAGAACUUCUUGAAUGUGUUUAUCUAGUUUCUGCGAUGCUCAUUGAAAUUCCAUACAUGGCUGCACAUGAAUUUGAUGCAAGAAGAAGAAUGAUUUCCAAGACAUUCUAUCAACAAUUAAGAUCUAGUGAACGUCAAUCAUUAGUUGGACCUCCAGAAUCUAUGAGAGAACAUGUUGUCGCGGCAGCAAAAGCAAUGCGCAAUGGAAAUUGGUUGGCUUGUAAUAAUUUUAUUAUUAAUGAAAAAAUGAAUGCUAAAGUUUGGGAUCUCUUUUAUCAAGCGGACAAAGUUCGUGAUAUGCUCACAAGAUUGAACAAAGAAGAGGCUUUGAGAACAUAUUUAUUCACGUACUCUCAUGUUUAUGAUUCAAUCUCAAUGCCGAAAUUAGCAGAAAUGUUUCAAUUGAAGCGACCUGUUGUUCAUUCCAUAAUAAGUAAAAUGAUCAUUAAUGAAGAACUUAUGGCAUCUUUGGAUGAUCCAACUGAAACUGUUGUAAUGCACCGUAGUGAACCAAGUCGUUUACAAUCAUUAGCAUUACAGCUUACUGAUAAAGUAAACAAUUUCGUAGAUUCUAAUGAACGAAUUUUUGAAAUGAAACAAGGAAAUUUCUUUUCAAGAGGAAAUCAAGGAAACUUUCGUGACAGACAAAAUUACAAUCGACAAGGACAAGAUUGGGGUCGUCAGAGACGUGAUCGUGAUCGAGAUCGUAAUCGAGAAGAAAAUCGAAAUUAUUAAAUCAUUGAAUAUUAUUUAUGUGGGUGUUUAAGUGAAUUAUCAUUGUAUCAUGUAUACACUCAUUUAAAUAAUGUUGAAAAUAACAGUAUAUAAAUAAUUAUAUAUUAAUGUAUAUUCAUACUUCCAUUUGCUACUAUUUACAUAUAAGAAGAUUCGAUUUAUCGUACAAAAUAAACAAUAUUAGUUAUUACAGAAUUUUAAU